GCUUCCAGCCCACAUUGAGCUUCCGGCGUUUAGAGACUUGAAGAUGCCUGAGCCUGCGAAGUCCGCUCCCGCCCCGAAGAAGGGGUCCAAGAAGGCGGUGACCAAGGCGCAGAAGAAGGACGGCAAGAAGCGCAAGCGCAGCCGCAAGGAGAGCUACUCGGUGUACGUGUACAAGGUGCUGAAGCAGGUGCACCCCGACACGGGCAUCUCGUCCAAGGCCAUGGGCAUCAUGAACUCGUUCGUCAACGACAUCUUCGAGCGCAUCGCGGGCGAGGCGUCGCGCCUGGCGCACUACAACAAGCGCUCGACCAUCACGUCGCGGGAGAUCCAGACGGCCGUGCGCCUGCUGCUGCCCGGGGAGCUGGCCAAGCACGCCGUGUCCGAGGGCACCAAGGCCGUCACCAAGUACACCAGCUCCAAAUGAUCGUGCCAAGCGGAGACCUGACAUCUACUCUGAGCCUCAUCAGCGCCUGGUGUCCUUUUUCCCCUGACAAGCGAGACAAUGGAAAUGGGUGAUACCAGCAGAUUCACGGAUGUUUUCUUCGGAAGGCCAGGAAGCAUCUGGCUAAACAGUUCUGUUAAAAAUGUUCACUGUAGAAAUUUGUGAUAAGACGCACAUGAGCAGGAAACUGAAAUCCUCUUAGCAAAAUUAAAAUACCCCUAGCAAAAGAAAGCUUUUAAGUGUUUGUGACAUGUGAAAACAUGUGAUGUACAUACAAUAAAUAUGUAAUGUAAAGCAAAAA